ACAUUGAUAACAUUACAACUCGUAUUUGACUCUAUACAAUAAGUUUUCCAUUCGUAAAAGAGAAAUUCUAAUCGAUAACAAAAAUGAAUCGCAUGCUGGAGGAUGUGAUCCAUAAGAACGCCGCGAACACGGAGCGCAUAACUGCCGAGAAUACAUUGGGCUAUGUGGUGUCUGAUAAUAGCACCGGAAGUGUGGCAGCAACUUCUUUUGAUAAUACCACCGCUCAGGGCAUUGUGAAGCACAUGAAUGGACAACUCGUUGGUGUAGUACAGAGCGCCAUUCGAGAUCUAGAUCCGUCAAAUAAACUCUGCUAUUUACGUGUGGCAACACGCAAGUUUGAAUAUCUUGUUGCCCCAGAGGAUGUAUUCACCAUAACCGUAUUGCAGUGAAGUUUGAGUUCAGUUUCCGAGUGUGUGUGUGUGUGUGUGGGCGUAAAGUAAAUCAAAUUUAAAAUGACAAAAAAUUA